UUCGAUGAAAAUGGCGAUGAAGCGGCCUUAGUGAAAAAUUUUUUAUUGAGAAAGAGUAUGGGAAAGCGAGAGACGCUAGACAUAAAAACAAAUUUGAGCGUCAUUUUACCGUUUAAAUUUUGUGUGGCGUUAGUUAGACUUUCCAGAAUUUGGAUGGAUUUAAUUUUCGAAUUUCCUUUCAUUGUUCCAUAAAAAUUCCGAGAUUGUUUAUUAGACGGAAAAUUAACACGCAAAAGUUUUGGUUAGCUUAAAGCAACAAUCUCCACGUCUUUUUUUAAGCAUUUAAUACACCAUUAGUUUUUUUAGGAAUUUUUCCCGCCUUUAUAAAAUGCAGGCAUUUUCUUUCUUUCCCAAACAAAAAAUAAAAAAGUGCUGUGUCCCUACCAGCAUUUCCAGUGUUUCUUUUCCUUUUUUAUAUAGCGGCUAGUUUUUUUAGAGAGUGGCACGCUAUGGGUUUUCCCUCUUCUUGUUAGUUUGUGAUGGCAUUUUUAUCGUUCAUUGUUUUUCCUUUUUAGCUGACUGAAUAGCUUUGCACUUAUAAACAAUAAAAAAAAUUUUUAAAGCAUUUUUACAUUAUUUUUUUAAAGAAUUCAUUCAAUUAUUAACUCAACACAAAAAUGGAACUUAAUUUUGAUUUGAGCUCUUUGUCUAUUCCUGGAUGUGUUUUGAAGUCACCACUUUCUAAACUCGAAAAUUCUAAAAUUCAGUGGGCACGAAAAGCGCGACAACAAUCUGAAUUUUUGCUUUUGAGUCGUGCAAUUGAUGAUUUGGCAAAGUUGUCUGCUGAGGCUCAAUCGAUUAAAAAGCCUGUCACGACAUUUGAGCGGUUUUUGGAUGCCCAAGAUGAACAGGCACUUUAUCUUCUCUGGAAAGACGAAAAAAUAAAUGGAUGCGGGGGAAUUGAGGAUGGAACUGUUGCUAAUGGAGAAAAGAAUGGAGAAAUUAAAAAUGGAGGUCAUGAAGAAUUGUUGGCUGUUUCACAAAAUGGAACUGCUGCAAAGAAUGUUUUGCUUGGAUAUUUGAAGAUAGUUCGUGAUCGUCGUCUUUAUUUGGUAAAUGAACGCAGUCGUCGUUAUGUUCACACGCCUAUUUGUGUUUUGGAUUUUUAUAUUCAUUCUUCCGUUCAGCAUCACGGUUGUGGACUUGAAUUGUUUAAUGGAAUGUUAAAGUCGGAGUCAACAACUCCACAAAAAUGUGCAUUUGACAAACCAUCCUCUUCAUUACUUCAUUUUUUGGAGAAGCAUUAUGGUCUUAAACACCCAAUUUGGCAACCUACAACUUUUGUUGUUUUUCCAGAAUUUUUUGAAGGAUUAAAGCCUGAAGAUGGAGGAAAGGAUGAAAUAAUUGAUGAUCAUCAAAUGUCAGCAAUUGAGCGAAACAGGAAAAAUAUUAAUGAGCAUUAUAGUGGAUCACCGCAGCAUUUACCAGUUCACGGACAGCGUAAUUUGACUUCUCAUUGUACCACUCAAUCAUCCAUGAAAGAUCAGAUUGGAGAAGACACUCCUCGAGGACGAAAGAAUACGAGGGAUUAUGGACAUCAAUCAUUGUGGUAG